CGAGCGUUCCACGGCCUCAAUAAUACUCUUAAUCAAUACUCGGGUUAAUUUGAUAAGAAAAUCGAUGGGAAAAAAUUGCGGACUCAUUACUGCAUUUUAGACUGUUAUUACUUAUCAGCCGAUUGGAUUUAAAUGUCAACAAAUGCCAUUUUUUAAAAUGACAGAAUUCAUUUAUCGAUGAGGAAUCUUCAAAUGGUGGAUUACAUGGACACUAACAAAGAUACCUCGUCAGGACACAUCGUCUAAGACAGAGAGGGCAUUUAAAUAAGGUGUGUUUACAAAAAAUUAAAUCUCCGGACCAGCUGAUUUGGGAAACACGUGGGGGACGUAAACAACAGAACAAAGACCUCGCUAAAUCGAACAUAUGUAUAUAUAGAACAUAUGUAUGUAUACGCAGUAAGAAAUGUGGACAGUGCACAGACCAAUGCCGAGAUACCAGCGAUUCCCAGAAUAGUGGCCACCUAAGUCCUCUAAAACAAGACUUUGCAGUAUCGUUGUAAAUAAUUGAUCGACGCUACCCGUGCACCAUGCAAAAUCAAUAAGAAAACUACAAGAUCUGAACGGUCUAUUCCUCAGAAUCCACAUCAAGAAAGUAACGGGAAUUCUUUGUUACGUAAUGAUGGUUGGCGGAUCUUAGGGAAUGUACAGAAAUUAACAAAAGGAAAACUGUUGCCACUUUCUGACCGUACUAGAAAUUUCAACAUGGAGCGCACAAAACAUGUUAGAAGUUCAACAAGAAAAUUGAUAAACGACAAUGACAUGGGAACUUUUCUUGAUGGACUCGCCAAGGAUAUCAGGAACGGGGACACCGAGAGUGCCACUAUAAGGCUUGACACCUUAGAAAAAAUGGGAAAGCCUAAUUGGUUACGGAUGUAUCAGAACCCCGAACAACAAGGCGAGACUCUGCUACACUUGGCAAUCAAGGACCAGGAUGACGAAAACCUCGUUACAAAAUUAUCAGAGUUGUGUCCUAAUCUGCUUCUCAUGGCGAGAGAACAAUCGGUAGAGUUUCAUGGUCAAACCGCCCUUCAUAUGGCCAUCACAAAAGGCAACAUAGAGGCUAUCCAGGCAAUGCUAGAGGUUGGUCGGAGAAAGGAUAUCCAGAUGUCCACUUUGCUGCACAUUCGCGCAACAGGAUCUCGAUUCGUGAACACGGUGAUGAUGGGACAACUUCCUUUAACUGUCGCCGCACUGACGGGGAAUACCGACAUAGUUGAUGUUCUUUUAGAGUUUGGAGCUGAUUUGCACAUUCAAAAUGAAGAGUACGACACUGUGUUUCAUUCGUUAGUAAAGUACGCAGCGACAUACCCAGAAAAGGUAGUAACCAUUAUUCAAACAAUGCGGCACUUGAACCAAGAACUGGAAAACAAAAACCGAAUCGAAAGAAGCACGUUAGACCACUCUGGAAAUGAUAUGCAUCGACAUACCCAUUCAUUAGUUUGGUUUCUGAAAAACAGGGAACACCUUACCCCACUUCAGCUUGCCGCCAAACACGGGGUGACAGAACUUUUCGAAGAGAUUCUUAACAUUAAAGAUGUAUAUUGCUUUAUAAGUGCAAAUGAUGGAUUGUUUGACGUUAAGGAAUAUGAUGUAACAGAAAUAGAUACUGUCAGCACCGUUCGAGCCUACGGAAAGCGCUACCACACACCUGUUUUCUCAAAGAAAACUAUUCCCCAAUAUAUGCAUGGAAUAGCUAAAAACGUCGUGCACUCAAAUGAAACACACUGUGCACCCUGUGGUGAACAAUGUUGCUCCUACCCCGAAACAGAAUCUAUUUUGGAAAUGCUUUUUGGAUUUGACUACGACAGCAAAGACGCAUAUCGUAUUAUUGAGUUACCACCUGUAAAAAAUAUCAUAAAAAUGAAAUGGAACUCUUAUCAAUGGUUUUUCAGAUUAUGGAUGGUACUACAUUAUGCCUUCAUGAUAGUUUUGACUAUCUAUAGCGUAUAUAAUGUUGAAUUAAGCAUUCCAAGUGUGAAUGGAAACAAUGCUACUACGCUGUCUGAAAAUUUUGUUUACGGAUUUCGAUGGGUUUCUUUUGUUGCAGGUGCCUUCUACGGUUUUAUAGCAGUUUGUUUGUUGAGCGCUAAGUUUCGAAAGAAAAAUAAACGCUCCUACUUUGUUCAUAAUUUGGAAUACAUCAUUCCUAUGUUGAUGCUAUCUGGUACAAUGAUCGUUGAUGUUUUGUGGUCGAUAACAGAGGAACAUGAUAACAUUCCCUUGAUCUUAGCUUUAAUCUGCGGUUGGUGGUUGAAUGUAUUUUUUCUUUCACCAAUAAAACAUUUUAGUUUCUUUACAGAACUAAUCAAGCGUGUGAUUAUUGGGGAUCUUUUCCGGUUUGGACUAGUAAUUCUUUUUGUAUUGUUUUCUUUCACCGCUGGAAUGUACAUAGUGUUUCGAGGAACAGGCGAGGAGGAUUUUACUUCGUACGGAAGCACACUGAUGGCAAUGUUUAAGCUCGGGAUUGGAAUUGAUGACAUUAGCGUACUUUAUUCCGCCCGAAUUCCCUGGGUAGCGAUUACGAUCUUCAUUGCCUACACGGUCUUCACAUAUCUUCUAAUGCUAAAUGCCUUGAUUGCAAUGAUGUCACAGACAUGUUCCCUUGUGCUAGAAGAACGGUUUCCACAGUGGCGAAUACAACAACUCUCUGUCGUUCUGUUCAUCGAGGAUAUCAUCUGUCUUUGCUGUUUUCAGAAUAUUUUGUCCUGUGCAGGGACAAGAAAAACUAUCAAAGGGUCAGAUCCAAUUACAAAACAAUUGAAAUACGAAGACCGUUACUUUUUGGAAAUCCAUUCCUUGCAAAUGGAAUAUGCAACGACGGAGGACAAAAUACGUGCGAAAAAGAAAUGCAAUGAAUUACAAACACUGCGCCCACAGUUGAAUAUGCAGGACAGUCUGCUCAUGAGUAACGAUUUUACGAACCCAAUUUACAACUCGAACUUUACUUCCUUUCGGCAAAGGUAUAGGACAGGAGAUCUUGCCGCUGAUUCAGUAAGAUCUCCGUUCAGUGACUCCUCUCAACCUUCUGUUCGUCGUAGAAAGUCAACAAAAGAGAAGAAAAGGAGACCACUUGAAAAACUAGAUGAAAGGAACACGGACGAAGAAAAUGAAGAAAUGAAAAACGUAAGACAAGUAUCACCAAAAUCUCCCGAAGUACUUUCUGACCGAAGUCCUACAAGAAAACCGACGCCAAAAUCGCAACGAAAAAGAUAUCUUUCUGAGAAUGAUAAGGAACAGCGGAGCCAGCACUCACCUGUUGUUGAAACUGAGUCGCCAAUAUGGCGGGUAAAUCUAGCUAGGAAACCUCUCAAUGGACUGAAUUUUGAAAAGGGGCAGAAGCAUUUAGAGUAUGAAAUCCGGAAUCUCGCUGAUUCAUAUACCUGAUCAAAUCAAGAUGUACAUAUAAUGUUGAAGGUUAUGGAGCAUCGUAUCAAAAAGUGCUAUUUUAAGACAUGCUGUGAUACUCGGUGACAAAAACCUCAAUACGUUGAUUAUUUAUUGUGUUUGAGUUUUCUAAACGUUUUGGAUACAUUAUUUGAAAACAUUUUGAAGUUUGUAAUUGACAUUGUUAGGGUAAACAUUUUCAAUCUAGUCUAGUCGGGUUUUUGCAGUCAUCGUGAAAAGGCAGUAUUAUACAUUGAAAUAGUUGAAUUUCAUGGUUGCAUUUGAAAAAAAAUAAAAAGGUUAAAGUUAUAACAAAAUUGAUUUCUUAUAUA